AGCUGCCCCCGCCCGGCUCCCGCCGCCGACACCCCCCGCUCUCCCGGCUUCGCCUCAGAGCUUUCCCGCCCUCCGCCGCCGCCUCAGCGCGGGGGGCUGAGCGAGCGGCCCUUCUGCUCGUGGUAACGGGGCUGCUGGCACCGGGACCCGCCCCGGGGAUCCCCCUCAAGUCCCCAGCGGGACCCGCUCGGCUUUGGGAGCCACGCCAUGGCAUCUCCACGGACUCCAGUUUUUGGGUGGUUUGGUGGUCCCUGCCCCUCUCCUGUGGACCCAGGCAAUUAAAGCACUGCCCCAGGGUUCGGUGCCUACCCAGGCAGUGCCGUUCUGGGGUUCAGUCCAGGACUCAAUGGCGAUCAAAUGGACUGUUUGAAGCACUGGGUUUGAUUGCUUAAGAGAAGGGACUCUGCUGAGGAUACCCCACAGGAAUCUGUCGGGUAUCUCUGUCAUCCCAGGCUCUUCCCUGAUAUGGAACAAAGUGAAGGUGAACAGCAAUCCCAGGCAGAGAGUCAUGUGGAGAGCAAGAGCAGUGUGAAAUCCUUGCCUGGGGGAACAGCCCAUGUCAAACUAGAGAUAAAAAAACAUGCAGUUACAGAUGACUACAAACUCUCCAAACGUGUGCUAGGGCUAGGAAUCAAUGGCAAAGUACUGGAGUGUUUCAACAAGGAGACAGGCCAGAAAUGUGCUUUGAAGCUCCUGUACGACAACCCCAAAGCCCGUCAGGAGGUCGAGUAUCACUGGCGAGCCUCAGGAUGUCCUCACAUUGUCCAUGUCCUGGAUGUCUAUGAGAAUAUCCAUCAUGGAAAGAGAUGCCUGCUCAUCGUCAUGGAAUGCAUGGAGGGAGGAGAGCUGUUCAGCAGGAUCCAGGAGAGAGGAGACCAAGCUUUCACUGAGAGAGAGGCCGCUGAAAUAAUGAGAGACAUUGGGACAGCCAUCCAGUACCUGCACUCCAUGAACAUCGCACACAGAGAUGUCAAGCCUGAAAACCUGCUUUACACAUCUAAAGACAAAGAUACUGUGCUCAAACUCACGGACUUCGGCUUUGCCAAAGAAACCACUGUAAAUGCACUGCAGACCCCCUGUUACACUCCUUAUUAUGUGGCCCCAGAAGUCCUUGGUCCUGAGAAGUAUGACAAAUCAUGUGACAUGUGGUCAUUGGGUGUCAUCACAUAUAUUCUCCUGUGUGGGUUCCCUCCAUUCUACUCUAACACUGGUCAAGCCAUUUCUCCAGGGAUGAAGAGAAGAAUUCGGAUGGGGCAAUACGGAUUUCCCAAUCCAGAGUGGGCUGAAGUAUCAGAGGAAGCCAAACAACUCAUUCGCCAUUUACUGAAGACUGACCCAACAGAGAGGAUGACAGUCUCUCAGUUCAUGAAUCACCCUUGGAUUAAUAGAUCAAUGUCAGUGCCACCAACUCCUCUUCACACUGCACGGGUCCUGCAAGAGGAUAAAGACCACUGGGAUGAAGUUAAAGAGGAGAUGACCAGUGCUCUGGCUACCAUGAGGGUGGACUAUGAUCAGGUGAAAAUCAAAGACUUGAAAACGUCCAACAACCGCCUCCUGAACAAACGCCGCAAGAAGCAGGCGGGCGCCUCCUCUGCAGCCCCGGGCUGCAACAACCAGUGAGGGCAGAAGCCAAGGACCUGUGGGUGGAGGGUAAAAGUUAAACAGAGCAAUUUAAAAUCAUAUGAUCACCUCGGUCCACUCCACAAAGACACAAAUGAGAUCAUGAAGAUGCUAUCCUGCAAAGAGGGAACAGUGUGAUAACGUUUUGAUAACUUGAAUCAGGGCUUUGCUUUUAAAGACUAAUGGAUCUGACAGGAUUCUGUUGCAUAUUGCAAGGGAAGGUACAGUAACGCCAGAAAUGUUACAGGUUUUUGGUUUGGCUUUAACUGCGUAGGACAAGAGGAGAGAACAGGAGGCAGUCUCAGCAUACUAAUGCACUGAGGCUUUAACAGCCAUCUACAAGAGUAACUUCUGCUGCUGUUUUAAACUGGGGAAUAGAAAAGUGCCAAGUGUUCUGCUAAGAGUGUUUUCGUAGUUUAGUAGAAUUGCUAAUAGUCUGUAUUUCCAAACUUACCUCCUAUAGUUACAGAAUAUCACCUAAACUGUAAACAGUUAUUCUUGUUACAGGAAAAAGCAUCCAUACAUUUCCAUUUUCAUAAAGUCUUCAUGUAGUCUUAUGUAAAGAUUUGAGUUUGUCAUGGAUUCACAUUUGAUAACAUGUAAGUUUUCUGAACUGUAGCCACUAUGUUGUGUCUCUGCCACUGUCAGACCCCUCUUUUGUAAUGUUUUCAGUUUAACUGAUACUUUGAUGUGAAGAGUUUCAGUAAGGAUUUAAGUAGUUUAAAGUAUCCUGCAGAGAACAUUGCUGUUCCCUUGGAUCCACAACCUCCAGGGCAUGCAGCUGGACAUGCAAGGGACUGCUUUAGAAGAGAGACUUCUGAAAUUCGGGAAGAAGUGGCAAAUGCAUGUUCUCUGAAUGGACCCUGGUGUCUGCCAGCAUCCCUUCUGGUAAUUAUCUCCAGAUCCUGUGCCUAAGAUGUGCUGAUCACAGCAAAUUGUGGGAUGUUGGGGUUGGUUUGUUUCCUGGGGUCAGGAGGGGGGAGGAUGCUACUGUCUUUAUGGUGAUGUGGUGGCAUUUCAGGAUCCAAAGAUUUUCACCACUUAAGGAAGAUUACUUUUAGGUACAUCCACCCAUUGUUGUUUUCCUGUUUUAAUUCUUCUUAUUUCAUGGGAACCUGGGCUUAGGUUUGCUGGUAUGUUUUAUUUUGUGAUCAGAAUAUUUUCUCUCACUGUAUUUUGGGCUUUGGCUUUGUUUUUUUUUUAGUUUAGGUGAAGCAAAUAUUUGUGAAAGUGUUAUCAGAGUCUGGGAUGAAAAUGAUGUGCUUCUAGUGAUGCAGACAAAUACAACUUUGUGGUAGGCACACAGAGUACUGGUGUGUUAAUAGGCUUGGGAGAAUGUAAAAAGACAAAAAGGAAAACAGGGCUCCAGAGUGGAUCUGAAUUGUCAGAUGAGAGUGACACACAGCAAAUCUCAGCUCGAGGCUUUGGACCUCAUCUGGGGAGCCCAGUUCCCAUCUUCAGAGUGUUGAAUGAGACCUCAAUUCUCCUCUGUGAACUGGUCGUAGAGUUUUGUAACAUGAUUUAUUAAAAUCAGUUUUUAACAUUC